UUGUUUCUUUCCUAUUUAGCAUCUUUUUAUUUACGUUGAGGAACAUUAAUUUCUCAAAAAAUACCACUACACUAUGAUUGAGGACCACUCCGAAUACGGCAAGACGAACCAUCCCCAGAAACUCGCAAGUUCCGUGCUUCAGCUGCCUAAGCAGGGAGCCCUUCAGCAUGCCGAGUGGAGCCCAUACACGGAUAACGGUGGUACGACGGCUGCCAUCGCUGGCAAGGAUUUUGUCAUCCUAGCGGGUGACACGCGUCUGAGUGGAGACUAUUGCCUGCACACUCGUCACGACAAGUCCAAAAUUUUUCAGCUAACAGAGCACACCUUCAUGGCCAGCAACGGGAUGCAGGCGGACAGGUUGCAACUUCAGGAAAUGAUGAAGUCCCGCAUCAAGUGGUAUCGCUAUAACAACCGAGGCAAGAUGCCAUCGACGAGUGCGGUUGCUCAACUCAUGUCUACACUGCUUUAUCAGCGUCGUUUUUUUCCAUACUACACCUUCAAUAUGAUCGUCGGUUUCAAUGAGAAGGGUGAGGGCGUAUGCUACAGCUACGAUGCGGUUGGCUCGACAGAGCCUCUCAAGUACGGCACUCGGGGCAGUGCUGCCAGCUUUGUAGAGCCACUGCUAGAUUGCCUCCUCACACACCAACAUUUCAAUGGGCAGGCCCCUCCUGAGCUAUCAUUGGAGGAGACCCUGUCAAUGCUCAAGAAUGCGCUCACAGGAGCUGCGGAGCGCGACAUUUAUACUGGUGAUGCCGUUCAAUUUGUCAUUAUCACCAAAGAGCAUGUGCGCACAGAAAUAUUUGAGUUACGCAGAGAUUAAUGCAACGGUGGUGUCCUGAAAGGAGAGUCAGAGCAAAGUUGCGUCGGAACCACUGAGGGAGGACACCAACAACAUACAUAGCGAAGUAUUUUGAUUAUUUCAUCGUAGGGUUGAAGCUGUAAAUCAGGUGUGCAUCUUUAGGAAAAAACAAUUUUGGAAAAUUAGGUAUGGUGAGAAAAGUAGUUUCAUUGGAUAUUUUGGUUUAUUGUCCAGUCAUUCAUGUCGAAUCACUGGAGUUGUGUAUCUAAUUUUAUGGAGGAUAAAAGGGGAGCAAAGAAGCAAAUAAAUCCAUAUGCACAUCACAUGCGCUUUCAUUUUUUGUUUAGCUCUCGCCGCAAUUCUGCAGCCUGUGAAAGGGGUGUGAUCUUG